AUGUUCAGGAAUCUGCUCCGCAUGGAUUUGAAUGAUCUUAACAAGGUCUGGGAGAUUAAGCCACUUAGGAGGAUUCGAGAAAGUGAGGCGAAGGAAAUUCUCGAGAGAGUUGCUAAGCAGGUUCAACCCAUCAUGCGCAAGCGCAAGUGGAAAGUCAGACUUCUUUCUGAGUUCAGUCCGGCGAAUCCAUCUUUGUUAGGUCUAAACGUAGGAGGUGGUGCAGAAAUCAAGCUGAGACUGCGCCAGCCAAACAACGAGUUAGAUUUCUUUCCCUACAACCAAAUCCUUGAUACCAUGCUUCACGAGCUUUGCCACAAUGAAGUUGGCCCCCAUAAUGCAGAUUUCUACCGCCUCUGGGAUGAAAUAAGAAAGGAAUGUGAAGAUCUUAUUGCUAGGGGAAUUACUGGCACAGGGCAAGGAUUUGAUCUCCCGGGCAGAAGAUUAGGGGGCUUUUCUCGUAAUCAACCGCCUCUAUCAUCACUUCGGCAAUCUGCAUUGGCUGCUGCUGAAAAUAGAGCAAAACAAGGUGCUCUUCUUCCAUCUGGACCAAAGCGGCUGGGAGGUGACAGUAGCAUCAAGGCAGCUCUGAGCCCAAUACAAGCUGCUGCAAUGGCUGCUGAAAGGAGACUACACGAUGAUGUUUGGUGUGGGGGUUCCGAAUCUUUGGAAACUGAAGGAUCGUCUUCUGAAAGUUCUGUACCCCCAAUCAUGAGACGUGAUUCUGAAGCAGCUGCUUCAACUACAACUUCUAAUGAUCUGGGCUCCUCACGCAUCCAAUUUGGUGAAGAAGACUUAGGAACAUUGUGGGAGUGUGGCGCUUGCACUUUCCUAAAUCAGGCCCGAAGUGUGAGUUGUGAAGUUUGCGGAACCAAAAAAGGUGAUGCUGGUAGUAAUGCUGUUGCCGGUGGAUCAAAUACAGCAAAAUCAGCGAAGACAAAUCAACAAACAUCAAACAUGCGACCCAUUCAACCCCCUCCUCCGCCUUCCGCCACCUCCCCUUCCUCUUCCGCCUCUUCUUCUUCUUCUUCAUCCUCUUCCCCUUCCCCCUCCUCCUCCUCUAACCACCGCAGCCUCAAUAACAACAACAGCACCAGCAACCGCGGUGGUCGCCGUCGAGUCGACCUCACUCUCCCCCUUCCUCCUCGCGACCCUAACAAAGCCGUCCCGCUUCCUCUCCCUCCCCUUGCCGCCCCCUCCUCCGCCGCCCAAUUAUCCUCCUCCAAUUCCAACUCCUCUAGUUCCAAUUCCUUUUCUCCCCCGCCCCUUAAUUUCUCCCAGCUCGAACGCAUCAACCGUAUCGGCUCCGGCAGCGGCGGCACCGUCUACAAGGUCCUCCACCGCCCCACUGGCAAACUCUACGCCCUCAAGGUCAUCUACGGUAACCACGAGGACUCCGUUCGCCUCCAGAUCUGCCGCGAAAUCGAGAUCCUCCGUGACGUCAGCAACCCUAACGUGGUCCGCUGCCACGACAUGAACGAUCACAACGGCGAAAUCCAGGUUUUGUUGGAAUACAUGGACAAGGGUUCGCUGGAAGGGGCUCACAUCCCACAUGAGCCCUCCCUCGCCGACGUCACCCGCCAGAUUCUCUCCGGAUUGUACUAUCUCCACAAGCGCAAGAUCGUUCACCGUGACAUAAAGCCCUCCAAUUUAUUGAUUAAUUCCAAGCGGGCCGUCAAGAUUGCGGAUUUUGGGGUUUCCCGGAUCCUGGCCCAGACCAUGGACCCUUGCAAUUCUUCCGUGGGGACCAUCGCUUACAUGAGUCCAGAGAGGAUUAACACCGAUCUGAAUCACGGCAAGUACGACGGAUACGCCGGAGAUAUUUGGAGUUUUGGGGUUAGUAUAUUGGAAUUCUAUCUGGGCCGCUUUCCGUUUGCUGUCGGUAGGCAAGGCGAUUGGGCUACCCUAAUGUGCGCCAUUUGUAUGUCGGAACCGCCCGAAGCCCCCCGCCUGGCUUCUCCCGAGUUUAGGGAUUUCAUUUCCUGUUGUCUCCAGAGGGAUCCGGCAAAAAGGUGGACGGCUGCUCAGUUGUUGCGUCAUCCUUUUGUUAUGGCUUACAACUCCCCUCCUCCCGGCUCGGUUGUGCCUCCGUCCAUCUCCUCCUUAUCCUUGACGUCCGGUGGUGGUGCUAUCAAUAAUAAAAUUAGUAAUAAUCAUAAUCAGGUGCUUAAUCAUAAGACCCACCAAUUGUUGCCCCCACCACGGCCUCAUUUUUCUUCAUGA